AUGUCCAGCCGAGCACGUCCUUAUGCUGCUGUUAAUCGAUAUGCAGUUCGAAGACCUACAUUUAUUCCUCGACCUGCAGUAGUUGGUCCCCGACCAGCAGCAGGCGGUGGUCUUAACGGUAUAAUCGGUGGUCUUGCUUGUCCAUUACUUUGUCUUGGAUGUCUAGCAGCAUUAUCUCUUCUUGGUCUUUUUGCUACUAUGAUAGCUGCUGCAGCCUAUAUGAACCAAAUUCAAUCGCAAAUUCGUAAAAAUGCUUCGGGUAAUGGAACGACGAUGGAACUUAAUAUUAUGGUUCUCUUCAGUGCUAUUCUCUGCUCGAUCUAUGUAUUGACAAAGCAUCGACGAGGUUCUGCCAUUAGUACUUAA